UCUCUCUCUCUCUCUCCUUCUCUCUGCUAUAUAAACCAAUCCUCAUCUUCCAUUCUCACCCUAUCUCAUUCAUUCAUUCAUCAUUUGAAACCCAAACCAAAAAAAAAAAAAAAGGAGAAAACCAAACCACUACCCACCAUAACCAAAAGCUCAAACCUUUAGAAAGUAUAGUAAUUUACUUUUUCGUUGAAAUGGGGUUUCCAGUGGGCUACACAGAGCUCUUCAUACCAAAACUGUUCAUCCACACACUAUCCUUUCUGGGUUUCAUCAGAAAGUUCAUUUCAAUCCUUUUCAGCUAUCUGGGUCUCCAAGAUUUCAUCGAUUCACCGGACAUCAAUGGCGUUUACUCAAACAGCUGGUCUUCAUCUUUCUCUGACUCUCCAACGACGACAUCGGCGACGACCCAUGUACCGGAAUUCCACUCAGUUUCAGCCCUUCUGAUCCGGGAGAGUUUGCCGGUCGUGAAGUUCUCGGAGCUGGUCGACCCACCGGAGAGCUGCGCCGUCUGUCUGUACGAGUUCGAAGGUGAAGAUGAGAUCCGACGGCUGACAAAUUGUUGCCAUAUAUUCCACAGAGGGUGUCUGGACCGUUGGAUGGGAUAUGACCAAAAGACUUGUCCUUUGUGUAGAACACCUUUCCUCAAAGACGAUCUUCAAGGCUCUCUUAAUGAGAGGCUUUGGGCAGCUUCUGGAAUUUCUGACUUUUACUCUGACUAUUCUCAGAUUACUGGUUUGUAGGGUUUUUCUUUUUCAAUUUUUGAAGAAAUAUCAAUAUCAAUAUCAAUAUGGGUUGGUGGAGUGGAGUUGUAAAUAUAGGAAGGAACCAAAAAAAAAAAAUGGAAAAUUUGAUUCUGGUAAACCAGAAUUAGAUUAUGCUGAUGAGUUUUGCUUUGUAUAGUUCUGAGAAAUGAAAAUUACUCUUAAAAAAAAAGAAUAAAUAAAUGAUUGAACAAGUAAGAUCUAUUCUAUU